GGAGCCGAUACAAGAGUAAAAAAGGCGGAUAAGAGAAUUGACCCGUAGUUUUUUCCAAUAUUAUUGCAAUGUUUCGCAGGAUUUGACUAUUUGCCGUUCGUAUUCCUAAAGAACGGCAAGAAGUGCCCAUGGCUAAGCUGUUCCCACCAAGAACAGAGAACCACUUCUGCUGUUUUUCACAGUACACAACCCUUAAACCUAAACUCUUUAAGCCAGCGAGUGUGCAGCCUAUUAAACAUGGAUUUAGAUUCGGAGUUUGCUGUAUCAGAGACAAGAAGGAAAGCGGAUUAGAAACAGAGAUAACACUCGACAGUGUUGGUCGAAAUAGGGGAUUGGGCAAUAAAAGUGGUUUGAUUGAAGCUUCUAAGGAUGAAGUUGUAGCUGAAAGUGGGGGGAAAGAAGUUGUGCUUAAAUGGGGUUGGCCACCAUGGAAGAAACUUCCUCAAAGAUAUAAGCUUGUGGGAACUACUGCUCUUGCCUUUGUUAUCUGUAACAUGGAUAAGGUGAAUUUGAGUGUUGCCAUAAUUCCAAUGUCACAUGAAUUUGGGUGGAGUUCUUCUGUAGCUGGACUUGUACAAUCGUCUUUCUUUUGGGGCUAUGCAUUAAGUCAAUUGCCUGGAGGUUUGCUGGCAAAGAUAUUUGGUGGCAGAAAGAUUCUUGAAGUUGGAGUCCUUACCUGGUCAGUCGCAACAGCACUCGUUCCCACUCUUUCUGGGUUCAUGCCUGCUCUAAUUUUUUCAAGGAUUAUGGUUGGUAUUGGAGAAGGUGUUUCACCAUCCGCUGCCACUGACAUGAUUGCCAGGCAUGUGAGAAUGAAAAGAACUUAGAGGUCAAUACCAUUGGAAGAGCGAUCACGGGCAGUAUCAUUUGUUUUUGGUGGUUUGAGUUUUGGAAGUGUUACAGGACUUCUUUUGGCUCCACCUCUUAUUCAAAACUUUGGUUGGGAGUCUGUCUUUCACAUAUUCGGCCUCCUUGGCAUAGCUUGGUUCGUUGGAUUUCAGAUGGUGAAAGGAGAACAGCCCUUUUCCUUUAAAACACCUUUGUCAUGGCCUCAGUUUUUGCCCGAAGAGAAACCAAAGAGUUCUUCAUCAUCAGAGGUGGAUGCUUCUCUGAAGGAUGUACCUUGGAAGGCAUUUUUUCAAUCUAAAGCUGUAUGGGCUAUGAUAUAUGCCCAUUUUUGUGGAAGUUGGGGUCAUUAUACGUGUUUAUCUUGGUUACCAACAUAUCUCAGUGAGGAGCUGAACCUUAAUUUGACAGAAGCAGCAGGGGUCUCAGUUUUUCCUCCAUUAGCUUCAAUCUUUGUCACCACCAUUGCAGCACAAUUAGCUGACAGUUUGAUCACCAAAGGCGUAGAAAUCACAGUGGUGCGUAAAAUUUGCCAGACAAUUGCAUUUUUAUCCCCUGCAACAUGCAUGAUUCUCUCAUCAGUGGAUUUCGGCUUCCCUCAUUGGGAAGUUGUAGCAAUUCUCACAGGAGGUUUAGCCCUUUCAAGUUUUGCAUUAUCAGGACUAUAUUGCACCCAUCAAGAUAUUUCACCUGAAUAUGCAAGCAUACUUCUGGGUAUAACAAACACAUUUGGGGCGGUGCCUGGUAUUGUUGGUGUUGCUCUUACGGGUUAUCUUCUUGACUGGACUCACUCAUGGAGUAUAUCUUUGUUUGCACCUUCGAUCUUCUUCUACCUUACUGGUACAAUUGUAUGGUUGGCUUUUGCGAGCAGUAAGCCACAAACCUUCAUCAAAGAAGAUUAAUUUUACUGCUGGGUCGGUCAGCGGGCAGUUUGGCUGACAACAUUGUACCACAAGUACUGUUGAACAUAGUGAGGCUUCCUUGUCUUUUUUCUUGGAAGACCCAAAAUUUCUCCUCUCCAAAUGCCCUCUAUAUGACAUGUAGCUGCAUAUUACACGAUGUUUGAUAUAUAUGGGAUUAUGGGAAUAUUCAGAUACAUACACUAUCCAUGGAUUUUAUGUAAAUUGAGGAUACCAAUAUCAAUAUAUGUAAUUAUGAUUAAUGGAAAGAGAGCUGUAACAAUGUUUGUUACAAAACAUUUAUCCCGUGUAUAAGUAAAACAAAUCUUUCGGCUGUACCCCCUUCCUCCCCACACCUAAGUUGCAU